CGUUUCUUAUGAUACCGAACUAUAAUCCUGUCACUCAAGCCCUCCUGGGUACCUUAUUUACUUGGGGAGUCACGGCAUUAGGCUCUGCUCUUGUGUUUGUUUUCAGCCAUGGUCAGGUAAUGAAACAUUGAAUUGUACUUGGUGGCAGUGAACAAAAUGAAAUAAGGCUCACCAUUUAUCCGUUUUUCAAAUGGUUUUAGAGAAAAGUUCUAGAUGCCAGCCUGGGAUUUGCCGCUGGGGUAAGAUAUUUUUGUUGUACUGUAUUGUUUAUUGUUAUUAUUUAUUUAAAAUAUUGAUCCAUAAUUUUUCUGAUAUUUUAAACUUGGCUCCUAAUUACUUUUUAAAAAUAAGCUUUUUUGUUGAGCUUAAGUAUAUUUAUAGUAUAGGUCAGGCCACUAGUUUAUCAGCUCUUCUUUUAUUUAUUUUUCGUCUCUAAAUUAAGACGCUACUGACUCACUUGUACGCUGUAAAUUUAACAACUCACUGAUCAGCUUUCCAGAUCAGAUUUCCAAUGUACUUGAUUGAUCUAGAAAUUGAGGUCAGUGAUUGAAUAAUAGAAAAUUAUUGGAGGAUUGACAUCACACAAAGACAGUGGCAUGGUAGCUUAGCAGUUUUUGCAGCUGUACAGGCACUUGUUUUCCAUGGGUAAUCUAGCUUGUAUGUCAGGCAUUUGAGGGAAAGGAAUUAGUGGGGGGGUGGGGGGGGGUUAGGUGCACAAGAACGUGAUGGGAACAUAAAGAAGAAGGGAGAGGAAUGCAAGAAAGGAGGCAAGGGUUGACACAUUUGGUCAGUGUGCGGCCUUUUCAUUAGAGAGGUCCCGAAUUUUAUUCCCAUUUGUGACCUCAAAUCCUUGUUUCAACUUCUUUUGCAUGUAGCCUUAAAUUAGGUUAACUUUAAAUAGCCAUAAAAUAGGGUGCUGAUGGAGAAACAAGGGGGAAAGGGUAAAAUGAAUGCACUGUUGGUCUCAGGUUUGUUAGUGAGAUAAUGACUAAUGUUUCAAGAUACUGAAAUGAAAUAAAGAGCUUUACCUUUCCCUCCUUUUUAUGCUGUUGUUUGACCCAUAUUUUACACUCAAAUUUUAAACAUAAAAAAGUAUGUUUGGUUAGAAUAAUUCUAACCAAACAUGCAAUUUUAUAAAAAAAGAAUAAUUAUUAAUUGGUUGUCAAUUAUAGACACACUUCCUUCAUUGGAAGAAAUCAUUAACAUGCUAAAUUGAAUAUUGGCCGUUCUCAAAAUAGUGGCAAUAUUGUUAAUUUGCCUUUGCUUGUCUUUUCCUGUAAAGGUUAUGUUAGCAGCUUCAUACUGGUCCUUACUAGCUCCGGCAAUUGAGAUGGCUGAAACAUCAGGAAGUUAUGGAAAUAAUGGAAGAUUUGCCUUCAUUCCAGUCUCUGUGGGAUUUAUUCUUGGUGCUGUAUUUGUCUUUGGAGCUGACAAGCUUUUACCUAUUCUGGUAAUUCUUUAAACUUUUGAUUAGAUAAUAUGAUAAUGGAAUACAGUUGGCUGCUAGACUCCAUGACUCCAGUAAAAUGAAAAUGUAUGCCAUUUUUUUAUUAAUAUUUAUAGCUUUUUUAUGAUUUAACAGUUGCUGUUUUUCUAGGGCAUAGAAUCAUCUAAUAUAGCUGAAACAUUAACUGGGGAAUUCCAGAAUGGGAGUGCAUGUAAAGAAAAGGAUGUAAAAGAUGACUUUCACCAAACCGAAAUCCAACUUAAUAGCUACUCACACAGCAGCACUACAUCACAAAUAACACAGAGAAGGAAAACAGAUAUUUCAAAGAGUAGAAAAGAAGAUGUUGAACAGCAGAAAUUUGUAGAACAACAGACAAGUUGGAGGAGAAUAUUACUAUUAAUAAUUGCAAUCACUGUGCACAAUAUUCCAGGUAAAUUAUGAUCACAAUUAAAUAUUAGGUAGUAUCACACUUAUUAAAAAAUUAGGGUGUGUUUCUUUACUAAAAUCCAAAUCUUGAUUUUUAAUUCGAAAAUUAUUGAACCAUUAAUGAUCCACAACGGAGGUGGAUUCUUUGGAUCAUGUCCAAAACCAGAUACUUUGGAUACACGAUCCAAGGUGUUUCUUAACUAUGGAUCCAAAAAGAGUGAAUACUGCCAGUAGUAACUCAAAACAAUUUUUACACAAAAAUUACUUACAUUGUCUGUUUGACUACACUGCUCAUCUUUAUGACCAUUUUUGAACCCGAGACAUGGAUUAAACAAUUGAUUUUAUCCGUUUUAUCGGAGUUGGAAAAUCACAAUUAUACAAACAAGGUUUUUCGGUGGCAUUUGGAAGUACCAGAUGCAGACUCAGGUCUGCUGGCGGACUUGUACCAUUUGUGCCGCAGGCUUUCAAGACUUUAAGCACUUUUCUAGUACAUAUCUUAUUGCAAGACUUGUCUUCCUUUGGCCUCGUCUAAAGCAAGCAGUAUCCUUGAGCUAAUCGUGUUUAUACAAUAAAAGCUCAUUGUCAGCAGCCGUGUUGUUCUUUCUCCGGGAUCCGUCGAUAUUGUUUGUCCUUUCUAUGGUGAAUGAAUGAAAAAUAAUCCUUUUUUUGGAUACAUCGUUUCUUUUCUUAGCAAAAAUGUUAAUGAUCCGGAUUUUUGAUGGGAUCUUGGAUUUAAAAAAAGAAAUGCACCCUUAUGUUAAUCCAGCAGCCCUUAAUUUAUCAGAUGAAUCUAUUUCUCCAUGAUCAAGAGCUUUGUAUGUAGGGUCUUCUCCUUUGUCGAGGACUUAGUAACACUUAAUUUUACACUAAUGGUUGUGUCUGUAUUAACCAAAAUGUUUUAUUUGGCAGAGGGUUUAGCAGUAGGAGUAGGAUUUGGUGCCAUUGGGAAAACAACUGCAGCAACAUUUGAAAAUGCAAGGUACCAGUAGAUAUUUGCUUGUUUGUUUGUUUUUGAAGAGCUGUUGUUGUUUUAAACUGCUAUAAAUCAUAUUUCUUUCUUUCAUCAUAAAUUAGUUUACCCUGGCAGGAUAGUGUGUAGCUUCGUCGUUAGAGCACUCAGCUGCAGAGCAGGAGGAUGUGGAUUCAAUCCCAGGGGCUACACCAAUACUCAAGGUCUUAAAAAAUCUGAGAAAUGAAAGUUCUGCCUUUUCCCUGCAAACCACUGUCUAUCGAUUGGCUCACAUGACCAUGUAAAAUGGAGGUCCUGUUACUAGAAGGAGAUGCAAAAAUACAAUGUAGUCUCCCAAAUUAGUACUUUCAUGCUAAAUACAUUGAAUCUAAACUAAGUACGUUUUUUGUUUGUUUGUUUGUUUUUGGUAACUAUUACCACCCACCUGGCCACCCACCACUCAGUGGGAGAAGUGCCAUUAUGCUUAGCAGGAGCAGGGUUCACACAGUCUUGAAAAGUCCUUGAAUUUUAGGGGAAGUCCUUAAAAAGUCCUUGAAUUCCAUUUUGUCCAUUCUGUGCAGGUCCUUGAAAUGUCCUUGAGUUUUCUUCAACUUGGAAUGUAGUGGCCUGGGAAGUGUUUUUUGAUGCUUUUUGGUUGUCCAAGACAAAAUAUAAAUCAUAGCAUAGAGAAUUUAAAAGUUAUUUAUGUAAAGUGUUCAAUGUUUUACGCAAUAAGUAACUAUCAAUCCUUGAAAAUCUAAUGUGGCCCUUGAAAAGUCCUUGAAAAGUCCUUGAAAAAUGGUUGCAAUUUUUUGUUUGAACCCUGGGGAGACCAUGGGGUCAAACUGCAACGUAAAGGUCUUUAAAUGUGGCUGGUGAGGUCUUCCUGUCUGCCUUGUUUAAAACUCUGCCUCAAAAAGGCAAGAACAAGAACUCAUGACUUUCUUCAAAAAGAGUUGGGUAUACACUGGUCACAGUCAGUCAUGGUCUGAUAUGUACAUUGUACCAUCAUUGGUGUAAGUGAGGUGAGGUGAGAUCAUAAUAUGAACUGAAGCAGCAGCACAGUGUGCCUGUAUAUCCUGAAUUGGGAUUUCACCUUUCUGGACCCCCAAUGGUUACAACAGAGAAAACAACCUACCAUUGUUUUACUGAUCUCCCUGUUUCUACUUUACUUCUUUCUGUACUUCUUUCUUUCUAUGUACAUGACUACAUGCAAGCCAUAAAGAGCUCAAGUAAUCUAUAAUUUCUGUUUAAUUGACUUACAUUUUAUGUCUUUGUUUGUCUUAGAAAUCUUGCGAUAGGAAUAGGAAUUCAGAAUUUUCCAGAAGGAUUAGCUGUUAGUCUUCCUCUCCGAGGAGCAGGAUUUUCAUCAUGGAAGAGUUUUUGGUGUGUUUUGAUUUAAUUGCCAGUAAAAAUAAUAUGAUAUUUUUUGCAAAUUGUAUGCUUGGUUAUUUUUUCGCAUUCAUGAUUUAUUUUUCUGACAAAUUAGUAAUUUUAGUGUAAAGAUAUAUUUUAAAAGAAUAACGUGUCUUCUUUGCAGCCAUUUUGGAAGCCAUAAUCUAGUUUUUUUUCUGUCUUUUGAAUCCUAGGUAUGGUCAACUAAGUGGAAUGGUAGAACCGAUAGCUGGUCUGUUUGGCGCUGCCGCAGUAGUGGUAAGAUCUGCCUGUAUAUCAUUGUUUAUAAUAUUAAUAUUAUAACAUAAGUAUGGGUACACUCAGCCUAAAGGAGCAAGUGUUUGAAAAUGCCGCAUUCAGAAAGCUUCCCUUCAUGUCACGUGUCAAGAAAAGGGAAUUUCAGAGUGGACUACAAAUACGAGUUUUGAAACCAAGUUUAUGUGCUGCAAAGAAAUUAAAACAAAAAUUUUGCAUAGUUCUUAGCAAUUUUACCCCAGAGUUCGUCUACAUUUGACAAAGUAAGCGUGUUGGAAUAGUUGCCAUAAAAAAUGAAAGAACGCAGAUUCACUUCCUUUAAGCGACGUUUUCACCGCAACUGCCGCCCUCGCCUUCGCUCUCGCCCUCGCCGUUGUAGUACCUUGAGUAACUCCCUAUUGUGAAAGCAAAUUUGCCCUAAUGUGUCUGGUGUCUGCUUUAAGUGCUGUACAGCAACAAGAAAGAAUGGGUACACAACUGGCUGAAAAUUCAAACUGUUAUGCUCUUCUUAUUCGAUCACGCCCGUACUCAUAAUCAAAACUAAUGGUCCCUAAUGUCGUACCGGCAACCGAGAUCAGAGUUUACACCAGUUAGUGGACUGAUCGCCAGUUUAAGUCACGGUUCCGUAUCGAAGUACUUUCAGUCACAAGGCUUUAAACCCUAUAGAUCCAUCAGAAGUCCAUUCCGCUGACAAUCAACAAUCUGAAAGACUGUUUCCUUUUUGUUGGUGUUGUUUCGUUUCGUUUUGUUUUCUGUUUGUUUGUAUGUUUGUUUGUUUUAUCAUCGUCUGGUUUAAGGUUUCCAUUCAUCCUGAGCUUGCAUAUUUCUCUGUUUUCGAAGCUAUUAAAAUGAGCACCAAGCAACUGAGGUUAACUAUGAGACGCUGCCGUACAUGUUUAUCAUUUCUUCUUUCUUGGUUUUCUUUGCAGAUUGCCGAGCCUGUAUUGCCGUAUGCUUUAGCAUUUGCAGCUGGUGCGAUGGUAUAUGUGGUAGUUGAUGAUAUUAUACCGGAAGCACAAACAAGGUAAAAAGCUAUAAAAUCCUAUCAACAAACCCUUAGUUAUUUAAUGGCACAACGGUUUACGAGCCCGUAUAUAUUUUGCAUGUGAAUGAUGUGAUGUUACUAUGACUAUGACAUUGUGCUCUCAGAUUGUGUGUGUGUGUUCUGCCCACAGGCAUUCCUUCAUUCAUUCAUUCAUUCAUUUAUUUUUGCCAUUAACCACAAAUACAACAACAGUAUACAGAAAUUUAUAAUAUAUUUAAGAUAAUAUACACUAUUCUAACUAAAUUAUUUACUAAAUCAAAUGUUUAAAGUGGUAAUGGCAAGGAAGCUUAUAUAGAAGCCGUGGGCCUAUAAACUAUAGGCUUCCUGGAACUAUAGGUUAAACCAUACAAGCUAAGGGUUCUGAAUGAAAAUUUGGAUUAUUUUUUUUGAAAAGAAAGAAAAGGAAAAAGAAAAAAGAAAAAGAAAAGGUGUGUAGCUCAAAAAGAGUAUAUUGUGACUAAGAAAGAAGGGAUUUUUUCUGUCUUUUGCCAAACAAACUGAUGCUUUCACUGUUUUGAAUUUCACGACUUAGCGAGUUGAAAAACCGAGGACCUUGAAACCGAAUUGAGAAUUUUCGAAAAUUAGUUCGACAAUGAGGUAUAUAGAAAAGGCUGGAAUGUCUUGUAUUAUGAGAAUGUAUCUGGCUUGCAAGAGUAAACGUAUCACGAAAAUAAUUAGGAAGUAAGCCUCUUUUAAAAAGAUACAUAAAUUUACCUAUUCCCGACCUAAGGCGCGCCCCUUGACCGCUACGUAAGGGCCGCCAUCCUUCACUCUAUACAGCAUUCCCGCUGGAGGUCUUUCAGGUGGCCUGUCCGCCUCAGACUGCGCCAGUUUAAAAGACGCUACAACCAUAGGUAGCGUUAGCCUUGGGUAACCUGCUACGACAACAGUUUCCUUUGUUUAUAUACAUGUAAAAGUGAGAUCUUAAUUCUCAAGGCCUUUUUCAUUGCAGGAGUGUGUAUUGAUAUGAUAUUAAUUGAUAUGAAGACACCUUUUAGUGUGUUAAACCGACAGAAAAUAGCGUAAUGAAGUCCCUUUAAGAGUUUCUGUUAAUGCACAGAGGGUCAUUAAAUUCUUCUUUACAUUCGAUGUACCUACAUUUACAUCCAUUGACCUCGUAGCAUACUGCGAAAUAGGUACAAGCUUUUGAUGUCUUUUUCUCUUUGCAGUGGAAACGGUCGCUUGGCUUCCUGCUUCACAAUCGUUGGUUUCGUUGUGAUGAUGUCCUUAGACGUGGGACUUGGAUGAAGUGGUGUUCUCUCUCAGUUGAAGCGAUAGAUUAUUCUCUCGGUUUAAGCUGUUCGAUGUUUUUAUAGCUAGGGUUUCAGAAUUGCAUAUAUUUAUAGAAAAGUGUACUUCUCGGGAAUUAUUGUUAGGAGAACAGUUUUAAGUUUAGUACCUUAGAUUUCAGUAAUAGGUGAAAAAGUAAAUAACUAAAUUGCGAAUUACUCUUCUAGAAAAUGUACGUGAGAAAGUCCCCCGAGGUCUAGAAACAUAUUAAUAGUAGUUUCUUAGUAGUUUCUUAGGGUAAUGGUAAUGGUUGACUAUUGUUUACGGUACAAUAGCGAAUACGAUUCUUCUCUGAACUCAUCCUUUUUUCUCUUGUAACAAAAUUCAUUCUGUAGCGAGCGGAGCACGGGAAAAGUCCAUCUCUCUUCUAGAAUGAAUAAGAAGUUACUUGUAUAGCCUGCGUUGCAGCCGGCCCACGCCGGCACUCGUACUUGUAGUGUAAUGUUUAUUUUGAGUUAUCUAUUGAUAUGUGUUCUGGCAAAACCUUACAAACGUUAGCCUGCGAAGAGCAGACGCAUUUCCGGUCGUCUCUUCCCUCCGAGGAACUCCGAGGUAGGGAAGCUACGACCGGAAAUGCGUCUGCUGUUCGCAGGCUAUCUUCACAGGAAUGAGAAAAAGGUGUAUUGCAUUUUUGUUCGCGUUAAUAUUUACUUAGGUUUGGGGAAUUCUCAUUUACACUUUUUAAAAUAAAGUUAUAGCACGGAAAUGCUGAAAUGCGUUUGUACCAACACCUUGAUACCUAAGAAAUACUGACGUUUUUUCCCGAAAUUUCCCUGACUUCUCAAAUCCAUGACCAACUCAAAGCUCCUAUGCUCUUUUUGUAAAACCCCCAGUCCUCUGUAGAGAUGUCGGACUGAACGGCU